AUGACGCAAAGAAAGAUUGGGAAACAAUUCUCGACAAAAGAAGGCGAGAGGAUCAUCCCGAAGCAAGCUGGUGACUACGGACUUGCCACCCAAGCCGGCGAGGUUUCAAUGGGUGCUCACCGAAAUCAAGUGCCCAACAUUCGUGGACGUCUACCUCAUGAUCGUCGCACUCACGGCGUUCUCGUCUUCCAAAAUGGUACUAAUAUUUUUGCUUCACAAACUGGAAUGUGUGCUCCACCUGGAAUCGGUGCGGUACGGCAGGCAACUCAACGAAUUGAAGGUCUUGACAUGUCAGAAGAUCAGCAACGACGUGGUACAGAGUUUACUCCGUGGUACUCUGGCCAAAACAAGUUUGCUACACAAGCUGGAACUGGAGGAUUUUUGAAAAGAGGAAUGACAGGCUUUGGCACUCCGAGGAACACAAUACAAAGAAGCGGUUGGAAAAAGGAGUGGAUCGAGGAAUAUGAAGCAGCACUGAAGGAAUGGGAAGAAUCGAAACCGCCUGGAAGCGCAUCAAGCGCCGAUCCAUUCGGACACUACAAGAAAAAGUUCGAAGAAAGGGAGAGGCUCAAAGUCCGAAGCAGUUUGGUUCGCUACAGCCUAUCACUGAACUUAUUACUAUUCGUUGAGCUCAGUACUUCAUUGAGUAACAUUCAAAACCACCACCCAGCAGCACGACAGAGAACAGAACUAGACAAAUGA